UUACUUAACUGUUAAGUGCCAGACUGCCAGUGGUCUGAUUUGAUAAUGGAGUGCCCUCUGAGAGCUGAAGCUUUCAAAGAAGCACACAGCAGGCCCGCGGGAGGGAGAGGACACCAGGGGGCGAAAGAACUAGCCUCUGGAUACACUCAAGGGAAAAGGAACAUGGAGAUAUGUAGUUUAAUAGUGAGCACUCUAAUGAAUGUACUGGUAGUGGCUGGCCUGUUGUACUACUGGGAACUGAGACACAUACCAGGAGCAUUGAUUAGCACAGGGUUGGGUAUGUUGUUGGCUGAUUUCCUGUCAGGACUAGUUCACUGGGGAGCUGACACCUGGGGAUCUGUUGAUAUACCUAUCAUUGGAAAAGCUUUCAUCCGUCCAUUCAGAGAGCAUCAUAUUGACCCGACUGCUAUAACCCGUCACGACUAUAUUGAAGCUAAUGGUGAUAAUGCACUGGUAACACUGCCCAUUCUAAUACUCAUGGUAUCAUUAAUGGUCACUCAACCGCCUGAUGCCAUCAUUAAUUAUUAUUAUUAUUAUACCUUUGGUCUUUCUCUGACGUUGUUCAUUACCUUCACUAACCAGUUUCACAAGUGGUCUCAUACUUAUUACGGACUCCCAAAGUGGGUGGAGCUACUCCAAAAGGCUCAUAUCAUCCUACCAAAGGCUCACCACAGGAUCCAUCAUGUGGCACCUCAUGAAACCUACUUCUGUAUAACGACGGGCUGGCUCAACUACCCCCUGGAGAAGAUAAGGUUCUGGACUACACUGGAAUACAUCAUAGAGGCUGUGACUGGUCAUAAACCUCGCUCUGAUGAUAUGAAGUGGAUCAACAAGAGAUAGAUUGAUGACUAGUUAUUGUAGUGUGUUCCCUGUAGUCCUUGGGUGUAUCUUGUAGCCCUAAUUCAUUGACACGUGUUGUAUUACCUCAGUAUUUUUAUUAUUAAUAAAUGUUCAUGUAUUCUGCCAUAUUUGAAUGAACAUGUAUCUAUGAUAGUUUUUGUAUUAUUAUUACCUUUUAUUUUUAAUGACACUAUUUUAAAUAAU